AUGCAGCGGGCAGAAGGCGGGGCGCAGGAGCGUGGAAAAAGGGCAGUGACGUCAGAAAAAGGAUUGGGGGUUGGGGAGCCGCACCAGCAGCCGCCCCCCCUGGGCCGGGGCGGCCCCCACCACCCCACCCCGGGCGCCUGCUGGCCGCACGGAGCCCAGAGCCGCCGCCCGGUCUAUCCCGCCUACCCGACGGCGCCCGGCUGCUUCGAGCUGGGCGACCCCCCCCGGCGAGACCUCUGGCUCCCGAUGGACGGACAGACACCCUGGAACCUGGCCGCUGCCUGGGAUGCGCCGCUCGACUGCGCCCAGGAGCCGGCUCAGACUCGCCCCAUCUGGAGGUCUCCCUGCCCAGAUAUCGUCUCGCUACAGUCUGAAGUUGGGGGCUGCCAGAGGGGCCGCAAGAAGUGGGUGCCGUACACCAAAAUGCAACUCAAGGAGCUGGAGCGGGAGUAUGCGGCCGGCAAGUUUAUCACCAAGGAGAAGCGACGGAAAAUCUCGGCGAUGGUCAACCUGUCUGAGAGGCAAGUGACCAUCUGGUUCCAGAAUCGCCGGGUCAAAGAGAAGAAACUGGAAGGGAAAUCAAGACUGGCACAUGCCCACACCACUUAA